GUAGUGGUUGUGUUCUUACAGGUGCACGCAGUCACCAGUGGGUGCCUCAACAUGGAGGAGACGUACCUCAAUUUCCCCCCAAAAAUAAGAAACAACAUUAAAGAGAGUUAAGACGGACACAUUAAGGAAGUUUAUGACUGUUUAGAUUAUCCUUCAGAUGAGUCAUGUUUGUGUCCUACUUGUUGCAAAGGUGAAAAAUCAACAAGACCAGAAUUGUGGCGUUUAUCGUUAAAUUCCGAGCACCAGUGUGUUGUGGGUAACUGGAUUUGUGAGCUAACAAGUAUUAGCUAACAGCUGCUACAAAGAGUGGAGUGAAAGAGAUGUCAGUGAAGUAAAGUGACCAACAGACAGCCCUGAGUGAGGUGACAUGCACACGGCUGCAGUGUCCACAUAAGCCUUCCUCCCACUCUUCUGCCAGACAUAUACAGAUUCCUUUUGUGAGAUGGAAGCACAAGCUCUUCUUCCACCUACACUGACAGUGGAUAAACUGGUGAUCACAGAAACGGACUCAGUCACAUUGAACUGUCAGACUCCUCCAUCUGUUUCUGUUUCUGAGUGUUAUUUCCGAAUUGUAAGUGGAGAACCAGCCAAAAGCUUCUCCUGUCUGAAGACACUGACAGGAACUGAGCUGCUGAAGAUUUCACACCAGAGUUCACCUGCUGAGGUCAAAGUGAAAUGUUUUUACCUUCAAAUAUCUCCAUCUCCAGACAGCGACACAUUCUCUAUCAUCAUUCGAACAUCUGUCCCACCUCUGCUGAGAGUGAAUCCAUUGGUGAUCACAGAGACAGACUCAGUCACACUGGACUGUCAGACUCCAUCAUCUGUUUCUGUGUCUCAGUGUCAUUUCUACACUUCAAGUGGAGUAAACCUCAGAGACUCCUCGUGUCUGCUGACACUGACAGGAACUGAGCUGCUGACGAUGUCACAUCAGGGUUCAUCUGCUGACAUUAAAGUGAACUGUUUUUAUACUGUGAAGUUUGGAGAGUCAGAUUCUCCAUCUCCACACAGUGACACAGCCUCCAUCACCAUACACAUCUUAAAACCACAGAUGAGUCUUCAACACUUUCCUGGAGAACACGUUCUCUUUAUUUGCUUUCUGCCUGGAUCGGCUAAUCCUGACACAAGAUGUAACCUGUACUUUGGAGAAGCCAGUGAUCCAGUUGUAACAACAACCAUCUGGAGUAAAAGAGACCCAAGAACCAAUCAGUGGUUCUGUCAGUUUACUGUCACAACUGGUGAUUUGCUGAGUCGUCUGCGUUCAGCUCAACAAAGUGAUGCCAGCUGUGAUUACAGUUUGGGAGGAGGACCCAACUCUUUGUCUCGUCGUAGUGAUCCAUACAGCUUGACUGAUAUUGUGGAAGUAGAGCCCAGUAUGACAACACCCAAAUUAACACUGACCACAGGUCUGACAGUUUAUACCACGACCCCUGUGACUCCUGUAAAACAAACAGACACCAGUGCCACCCCUGAUAAUCCAGAAUCAAGUGAUGCAAUAACAGGUUCGAGUGUCAGUACAACUGGCAAUAAAGACAGCUUGUUGUCUGCAAGCCCUCAGAAAACUACUUCAAAACUGUGGAUAUUGAAGUUCGUAGCAGUUGCAGCUGGUGGCGGAGUGACUGUGGGUUGUAUCGUGCUCGUUUCUGCGGUUCGCUGUAACCAAAGAAGAGCUGUGUGUCCUGAGACGGUGAAACAGCAGGAACCUCAAGAUGAGCGUCAUGAAAUGUUCCAUUUGUACGACACCAUCCCUGAAGAGCCAGCUGCACCAGACCUGUCGCACAUGACUUACAGCACCGUGCAGAAACACUGAAAAACAAACGAGAACGCAAACAGCCUUAACUGUAAGAAAUGUAAACCUUAUGUGUAGCGUUAACUAGUGUAAUCCAGGCCUUAGAGUUUAUGACAAAUGAUCGCAGAUAGGUUUGAACCUGCAAUUUAAUCUUGUUUCUUUGAGAUCAAGAUGGAAAAUGUAUUGAGCCUUACUCAUAUUCCUCAACUAAGGCAAAAGGUUCACUUCUUUGCUGUCUGUCAUUCCAUUUUGUUUUCCAAUGUGUUUUCUACUUAAUGUUGAGCAUAUAUAUUUUUUUUAACUGGAGAUAUUUUCCUUGAGAUUUCCAUUACUAUGAAUGAUAGAUACAUUUCCAUGCAUUUUCAACUUACCGAUGCUGUACAUGCAUGGCAUGUUUUACUCCCCGAACUCUCAAAAAUACAGUACAUACCUUGAAUGCCUUUGUGUUAUUCUCCUGAAUGAAUAUAAUAAGUAUUUUAUUUUUUUUCAGUCAGGCUCUUUUAGUCUCCUUAAAUGUCACCAAUGAUACCACAAACUCCAACAAAACCACAUGUAGACAUACACAAUAUGUACAGGGUAUGAUACUGAAAGUUAUAUUAUUAUAUCUGGGAAAUC